CUCCGGCAGCUUUAGGCCACCCUGUCCCCGUAAGCUAAUCGCCAUGUCUGAGGCACCCCGGGCUGAGACCUUUGUCUUCAUGGACCUGGAAGCCACCGGGCUCCCGGAUGUGGAUCCUGAGAUUGCUGAGAUAUCCCUGUUUGCCGUCCACCGCUCUUCCCUGGAGAACCCAGAGCUCGACGAGGUGGGCGCCCCUGUGCUGCCCCGGGUCCUGGACAAGCUCACCCUAUGCAUGAGCCCGGCGCGCCCCUUCACCGCCAAGGCCAGCGAGAUCACGGGCCUGAGCAGCGAGGGCCUGGCGCAGUGCCGGAAGGCCGGCUUCGAUGGCGCAGUGGUGCGGACGCUGCAGGCUUUCCUGAGCCGCCAGGAGGGCCCCCUCUGCCUUGUGGCCCACAACGGCUUCGAUUACGACUUCCCCCUGCUUUGCACAGAGCUGCAGCGCCUGGGCGCCCACCUGCCCCCGGACACUGUCUGCCUGGACACGCUGCCCGCGCUUCGGGGCCUGGACCGCGCUCACAGCCAUGGCACCCGGGCCCAGGGCCGCAAGGGCUAUAGUCUGGGCAGCCUCUUCCGCCGCUACUUCCAGGCUGAGCCGAGCGCUGCCCACUCGGCCGAGGGCGACGUGCACACGCUGCUCAUGGUCUUCCUGCACCGCGCGGCUGAGCUGCUCGCCUGGGCCGACGAGCAGGCCCGCAGCUGGGCCCACAUCGAGCCCAUGUACGCCCCACCUGAGGUCCCAAGCCCCGAGGCCUGA